ACCGCAAUCUCGAUCUUUUGUUUAUUAUUUUAAGGUUCCCCCUUGCUGGGAAACCGAAGCCCUGAUCCUCUGGGAAAAAUGGGUGAACAGUUCUUGGCUCCUGGAGCUUCUGACAGGGCAGUUGAACAGGCAAUUGUUGCAUUAAAAAAGGGUGCUCAUCUUUUGAAGUAUAGCAGGAUGGGGAAGCCCAAGUUCUGUCCUUUCAGGUUAUCCCAGGAUGAGAAAUUUUUGAUUUGGUACUCAGGUGAAAAGGAAAAACAUCUGAGGUUGAGUUCUGUCACCAAUAUAAUUCAUGGCCAACAAACUAAACAACUUCAACCUGAAAGAGAAAGUCAGUGCAUUUCACUAGUCUACGCAAAUGGCGAGCAAUACUUUGAUCUGAUAUGCAAGGACAAAAUGCAGGCCGAGUCUUGGUUUCUAGGCUUGAGAGUUGUAAUAUCGAGGAGUCGCCAGAAUAGGUUGUUGGGCACGGGGAAACACAGAAGAGGAGCUCAAAGUUGCAUUAAUAGUCCGGCUAGCUAUAUACGGAGGAGACAGAUUCUAGGCCUUCCCGAGGAGAUCCCCGGUUCAAAUCAGGUUCGCAGCUUAGCGAGAAGUCCUGAUCAGUCGUUUUCAGGGAGGGGCUAUUCUGAUGGAUUGUCUUGUUCUUCUGACAGCAUCUUUUCGAAAAUAAGUGCAUCAGAUAUGCAAAGUGCCCCCCCGGAUGGGAUAAACCCGAGUUCUCCAUAUUCUGAAGCGGAUGAUAUAAACCAGAGAGCAGCGGAUUUUGUUCAGGACGAAAUCCAGUCUGAUAUACUUGCUGUGUAUGCUGCAUCUGUUAAUGAGUCCGUGCAAACCGGACAUGUCUUGAGAGAUGUUUAUGUUUGGGGAGAAGGAAUCGGAGGGUUCUUGGGGGGUGGAGGGGGAGAAAAACUAGAUUCCUCGUUACCCAAAGUCCUCGACUCAACUGUCAUGCUCGAUGUCCAAACGUUGUCCCUUGGUAGGAACCACGCGUCCUUAGUCACCAAACAGGGUGAGGUGUUUUGUUGGGGUGAAGGGAAGAAAGGGAGGCUCGGGCAUAAAGUCGAUAUGGAUGUCUCCCACCCGAAGCUCGUGGAGUCCCUUAGUGGGGUUAGCGUGAAGUCUGUCGCUUGUGGUGAAUACCAAACGUACGCCGUGACGCCUUCUGGCGAACUCUACACUUGGGGCGACAGUUCUUUCAGUGCAGACUUAACAGGCGAAGAUCGGAAGAGAAGCCAUUGGCUGCCACAGAGAGUGUCCGGUUCGUUAGAUGGUGUGACCGUUUCAUCUGUUGCCUGUGGGGAAUGGCACACGGCAAUCAUCUCGACAUCCGGGGAACUAUUUACCUAUGGCGAAGGAAAUUUUGGCGCCCUCGGUCAUGGCAACACCAAAAGCCUUCCUCACCCUAAACACGUCGAAUCUCUCAGGGACUUACGGGUGAAGUCUGUCGCCUGUGGACCGUGGCACACUGCUGCAAUCGUCGAUAUCAUGGUGGAUCGUUAUAAAUUCAACAAUCCCGGUGGGAAGUUGUUUACCUGGGGAGACGGUGAUAAAGGUAAACUCGGCCAUUCUGAUCAAGAAAAGAAGCUUUUACCAACAUGUGUCACAAAACUCGUGGGACAAGAUUUCGUUCAAGUGUCCUGUGGGAGAACUCUAACGGUAGGACUAUCUAGCAUGGGAAAAGUUUAUACAAUGGGAAGCGGAGUCUAUGGGCAACUAGGUAACCCACAAGCCGAGGAUAAACCAAUAACCGUCGUGCAAGGGAAACUCAAAGACGAGUUUGCUCGAGAGAUCUGCACGGGAUCUUACCACGUUGCUGUCCUAACAACAAAUGGAAACGUUUACACAUGGGGACGAGGUGCAAAUGGACAACUAGGAUUAGGUGACACGAAAGAUCGAAAUUCUCCAACCUUAAUCGAUGGUCUAAGAGACAGACAGGUCGAGCAUAUCACGUGUGGGCCGAGUUCUACAGCAGCAAUUUGUCUGCACAAGUCGAUAUCUAGUACCGAUCAAGCUUCUUGCAGAGGAUGCAGUAUGGGAUUUGGGAUUACGAGGAAGAAGCACAACUGUUAUAACUGUGGUCUCUUGUUCUGUCGAAUCUGUUGCAGCAAAAAAAGCACGAAUGCAUCUCUUGCGCCCAAUAAAAACAAACCUUUUCGAGUGUGUGAUGCCUGUUUCAGCCAGCUUCAGAGACCGCCCGAGCUUGAAACGUGUACCCCACGACCAUUUUUCAUCACAACAAAGGUGGAGAAGGAAGAACGGGAACAAGCACAGUCUACUACAGCUCGAGUGACAUCCCGAAGAAAAUGUUCUAACAUGAGUGAUUUCUCGUAUGAUGGGAAGACAACCUUAAACAACCAAAUAGAAACAAAACAGUGCUUAGAUCUGACCUCUUCUGUGGACAAUUUGCCCAGAUGGGGGCAGGUUUCUUGUCCCGAAAGUUUUAAGAGACGUUUAAGAGAACACACCGAAUUUCAAACUUCCUCAGCGAGGGACCAAUUCACUUCCGUUUCCCCGGUUCGUUUGCUGCAGUACCCGAAAGAACCAAAAGUUAUUCCACGCUCGGCUCCAGUGCAGCAAGACUUCUCAGAAUCUGAUAAGUUGCUUCUCGAAGAGGUUCAGAAGCUAAGAGCUCAGGUUGAGGGCCUUAAAAAGCUAUGCCAUUCAAGAAAAGAGAAAAUUCAAGAACGGAAACAGAAAAUCAAGGAGAUUUGGUCGCUGGCAAUGGAGCAAGAGGCCAACUGUGAAGCAGCAAAGGAAGAUAUAAGAGUUUUGACAUCAAGGCUUCAAGCUAUGUCAGAAGAUGCUUCUGCUGGGAUAGGAACUAAAGAUCAAUCUAGCGAAAGUUCACCUCAGAUUACUUCUCCAUACACGAGAAACGCAGAUAUGAAUCCCGAGCAGUCGAAUCUUCAAGAUUUGCAACCAGAAGAACGGAAAACUGACAGUCUGUGUAGUUCUCCGAUUGUAUUCUCCAGUACUUCAAGAUUCUUGCGUAAAAAGGACAGCCAUGGCCAGUCACGAUCAACCGAGGAAUCAUGCCCAGUGGAAGGAGACUCGGGACAAGCAGGAUCGAUUGCUUCAGGGCUUGAAUGGGUGGAACAGUUUCAACCCGGUGUCUACAUUACACUCAAAACUUUGCCCGGUGGGCGAAAGAAUCUCAAGCGAGUUCGUUUCAGUAGAAAGAGAUUCACCGAGAAAGAAGCAGAAAAAUGGUGGGGCGAGAACCAGAUGUUUGUGUGCCAGAGAUACAACAUUGAUAUAACUUCAGAUAUCAGCCAAGAUUGAUAUAACAUGUUAUGAAACUUUUAUCGAAUUAUUGACAAUUAAAACGCCAUAUGAAGUUUUAUUGCAGAGUGUAAAGUAUAUACACACUAGUGUAAAGACUGGAACAACAGAUUAAACUCUUCGUGAAA